AUGUCAAUUUCUAGAUAUUUUAUAGCAAUUGUGUUGGUAUUUAUUGUGGGCUUGGCGCUUUUAUUUGCGUAUUUUCCCAGUCCCUUAAAACUUGUGCAGCAGCAAGACCAACUCCGGGCGAAUGUAAAUUCCGGUAAGACUUUCAACUACGAGUCUGCAACACAGGACAACCCUACUGUGAGUAGCGGUAAUAUCCCCGAACCGAAUAGCCCAUUAAAAGACGCUACAGUGAACGAAAAUGUAAAGAGUUUGAAAGCUAAAAACAGAACAACGAAUUCCAAAGAAACUUUAGAAGCAGAGUUAGAUAAGGGUGACUUUCAAAAGUCAGCGACAACAAAAACUACAAAUAACAUCAAAAAUCCUGAGAACGAAAUACAUGUAACAAAAGGCAGAGUUGAAAAAAAUGAAACGUUGGGUGCACUGAAAGCUACAAAUGAUACAUUUAGAGUCAAUAUGGCUGAAAUGUCGAAAUUCGCGAAUGGCACUAAAAGUUUGAAGAAAGAAAGAAACGCAACAAGACUAGUGAACAACGUCAAAAAAAACCAAGUCAAUUUAAAAGCGCAUAUUCAAGCUAAGAUGAGACAGCUCCAUUUACGACAUCCACCAUUGAAUUCAAAUCACUCUCAAUAUCAUGCUGAUUUUUUAAAUAACCAUCGCCAUCCAUAUCACGAACAACAUCAAAAGCACGAACUUCGUCAUUUCACUCAUCAUGUGCAUCGUCCAUCUCGCCACCAGUUCAACCAUCACUUCUUUUUGAAUCAAUUUAUUUAUGUGCUGAAAGGCGUCCGAUUUUGUGUCUUUCAAUAUGUCAAAAAGAAAUGCUCACUGCAUGUUUUGUACCAGAGUAUGAAUUUUGAGCCUGUUACGAUAUUUAUCGCAGACGCCCAGAACCUCAUUGUACACGAAAACAAACUACAUAGAAGUGGAAGUUAUCACAACAUACCAAAGACCAGUGGCUCGUUUAAAGUAUGUAUAGAAAACUACAGUUGGGGACCGAAGAAAAUAUUUUUGUCCAUUCGGGUUGAAAAUCACUGGAACAGUCUUGUUAUGAAUAUGUCUCAUUAUCAUGGAUACACAACUCUGGGGCGAAUAAGGAAUUUGGAGUUAGAAGUUCGUACUAUGGUCACGCAGUUGAGUCAGAAAAGAGCAGCUGCUGCAACUGACCUUAUUCUUUCAGAGGACAAAAUAGAAUUCAGUAUAUGGAUGACAUGGGUGGUGUUGAUUGUGUCGUUGAUGACAUAUAUCUUGGAAGUUAUAGAAAUUCAUCGAAUAUUCAGAAUCGCUGAGGCAACAAGAACUUUCUCUAUGGAUCAAAUUGGGAGAAGAAGAUUGUUGACCAGUAAAUAAUGUGUAUAUACUAUGAUUUUGCAACUUAUAUCGAGCUUUUAUAGUCCAUUCUGAUUCUAAGUUUUGUACACAUUCAGAGUCCCGGUGAUGUAUUCUCAUAUCGUUGUCAAACGAUAGCUAGAUUGUGCUAUAUACUUUGACUUAUACCAGCUUAUUUAAAAAUGAACACCAGUCGCUUUGUGAUGUAAGUUUAUCAUUGCGACUUGUCGUCAAUAUCAUUGGUUUAUACAUAAUGGCAUUUACAUAAUGAGAAUUCAAUAGAAUUGUUUGCAUUCAAAGGAAGUCUUCAUAUGUACCCUGAUAUAGAGGCUUAUGGGGAAAUGUACGUGUUGUUGGAAAGGCCUAUUUACUCUUGGAACGCUGAGUUUAGUUAAAUACCGGUAUAUAUAUAUUGCAAGGUAAACCGAUACUGAUUACUGUAUAACUAACUUUGCACACGAACACUGUACUUGGAACAUCCGAGCCUUCAUACUUUUGUACUCACAUACAAAUGCACCAAUCGACGUUUACAGUUAUG